UUUGGUUAGAAUAAACAAGAGCCGUUGACAACCAAUUGACAACAAACAACUCUAUUUAUUUUUUUAAAGUAUACAGAUUUCAGCAUAUUAGGAUUUUUAUUUUCAUAUAACUAACUUAAGAUAAUGGAUAAUGAUUUUAUAUUGAAAGAACCGGAUGAAUUUCCUUUUCCAUUCCCACCAUAUAAUAUUCAGUUAGAAUUUAUGCAAAAGUUAUAUUUCGCAUUAGAAAAUAGAAAAAUGGGAAUAUUUGAAAGCCCUACUGGUACUGGAAAGUCAUUGAGUAUUAUAUGUGGUGCAAUUAAAUGGUUAAAGGACCAUGAACAACGGGAAAAAGAUGCAUUAUCAGAGCAAAUAACAUCUCUAGAAUUAGAAAAAGUAGAGUUAGCAAAAGAGGAAAAGGAUUGGUUUAAGGCACAGUCAAAAGAAAUUAUUAUUACUCAAAAAUUAAAUCACUUGAAAAUAGAAGAGAAUAAAAUACUAGCAUAUAAGGAGAAAAUAGACAAAAUAAAAGCAGUAAAUGUAGAAAAUACCAGAAUUAAAAAUCCAAAACCAAAAAUUAUAAAAGAAAGUGUGAAACUGAAGUUACCAGUUAGUGAUCUGGCUGAGGAGAAAGCCAUUGACGAUGAAGAUAUUUUAUUAGAAGAAAAGGAUCCAUGUGAUGUUAAAGAUGAAUCUAGUGAUGAAGAAGAUGAAAAUAUGAAGUACCAUCCGACACAAAUAAUAAUAGCCAGUAGGACACAUUCUCAACUUUCCCAAUUUAUAGGAGAGUUAAAAAAAUCACCCUUUUGCAAAGAUCUCAGAGUUGUUUCGCUAGCUUCAAGACAAAAUUAUUGUAUUAAUUCUAAUGUAAAAAAACUAAAUAACAUGAAUUUAAUUAAUGAAAAGUGUAUAGAUAUGCAGAAAAAACAAAAAAGUAAAACAGUAUUGACGGAUGAAGGAAAAUCAGUUAAAAAACAAAAAACUUCCAACUGUCAGUGCCCAUACUACAAACAGAAUACAAUAGAAGAUCUAAAACAUUUUACCCUAAGUGAAAUUCAUGAUAUAGAAGAUUUGGUGCAAAUUGGGAAAGAAAUAUCAGCCUGUCCCUAUUAUUCAAGCCGCAAAGCAGCUGAAGAUGCAGAAAUUAUAUUAGUUCCUUAUAAUACUUUGUUACAUAAGUCCACCAGAGAAGCUAACGGAAUAAAUUUAAAAAAUAAUAUAGUAAUUAUUGAUGAAGCUCAUAAUCUUCUUGAAGCACUGGCUCAAAUGUAUGGUUGUGAAGUCAGUUAUUCACACUUGUAUUAUUCUUUGCAUCAAAUAAAAUGCUACAAAGAAAGAUACAAUACUAUGUUUUCUGCAAGUACGUUAAGGCAUUUAAAUCAGUUAAUAUUUGUUCUAAAUAAGUUGUUAUCCAUUUUUGAUAAGGAUGUUAAAGAAAUCGCUACUGAAAUAUUUACACUAGAAAACUUUGUAUUAUCAGCUGGAAUUGAGCAAUAUAAUUUCUUUAAUUUGAUUAAGUUUUGUAAAUCAAGCAGAAUAACUCAAAAAGUCAGGUCAUAUUCAAUUAAAUACCCAAUUGAGGCGGAAAUGAUUAAAAAACCUACCAAAAAGUCAUCAGGUGUAAAAAGCUUCUUAGCAAGUAUAUCAAAAACACCAAAGCCAGAAAAAAAUGAAGAAAACCCUCCAGAAAAACUCAAAAUUCCUAUUCCAAACAACCCUAUCUUACCAGUGGUGUCGCUUUUAGAUUCAUUGAAUUAUUCACAGGAAGAUGGUAGAAUACUUGUAACAAGAAACUCACAAAAGCAUUUGUCAAAGAUACAGUUUUUAUUACUGAAUCCUUCGUCGAAUUUUAGUGAUAUAGUUAGCCAAGCAAGAUCGGUUAUUGUGGCUGGCGGCACCAUGAAACCAUAUGCUGAAUUUAAGGAUAGACUUUUUAUCAAUUCUGGUGUUUCCCCAGAUAAGAUUUUUGAAUUUUCCUGCGACCACAUUAUUCCUCCUGAAAAUAUCUUACCUAUCGCUGUAACAAAAGGUCAUAACGGUGAAAAACUACUGUUUAACUUCAGUAAUAGGAUGUCGCUGGCGUCAUCUUUGAAAGAUAUUCUUAAAGAGACCUGUCAAAAUGUCAAUGGAGGUAUAGUUGUAUUUUUUCCAUCAUAUACCUAUGAGAAUUGGGUCUAUGAUCAGGUAAAAAACAUGAACUUCGGUAGACCAUUGUUUAGAGAACCUCAAAAUUCAGGCUCUGUUGAUGAAGUGUUGAAUAAGUAUUCAGCUACUAUAGCUAAGUCAACAAAUGCAUUAUUGUUUAGUGUAGUGGGGGGUAAAUUAAGCGAGGGCCUAAAUUUUAGUGAUAAUUUAGGCAGAUGCGUUAUUGUAGUAGGCUUGCCAUAUCCGAACAUAAUGUCACCAGAUUUGAAAGAAAAAAUGGGGUAUUUAGAUAAUAAGGAGGGUGCAGGGGCAGGACAAAAAUUCUAUGAAAACCUAUGCAUGAAAGCUGUCAAUCAAUGCAUAGGAAGAUCUGUCAGGCAUAAAAACGAUUACGCUACCGUUUUGUUACUUGACGAGCGUUACAGUAAAGUAAAUGUUCAAAAAGCUUUACCUAAUUGGAUACAAAGGUCUUUAAAAGUUUGUAACUUUGCAGAAACAUUUGUUGCAAUUAAUCAGUUUUUUAAAAAGAAAAACAAGCAAGCUGAUUAACUAUAAAUCCUUUAUUUUUUAUUCUCAUUGGAAACAAGUUCUAUUCUAUUCCGUUUAGAAAAAUGUUCGAUUUUAUCUUCCAAGCUCUCUGCAAUAUUAAUUAUAUUUUUUAUACUUUUGUGAUAUGAAAAUAAACUUUCUUGCAAAACU